AUCCACUCUGACCACAGCCAGGGGCCACAUCCCACUGCCUGCCCAGCGUGCAUCCAUGAACAUGAGCACCGUGUCCCCAUCUCCUGCAUCACCCACUGAAGAUCCAUGUGAGACAGAUGUCACCAGCGUGGCCAUCCACAGUGUCACACUGCUCAUCAGCCUCUGUGGGCUGUUUGGGAACGGGGCUGUGCUCUGCCUCCUCAACCUGGAACUCACUGACAGUGAUAUCUUUCACNUCCUGGGGAGGAUCCUUAAGACACUGCAGUACAACAUUUUGAUUCCUGGUUCAAAUGCACCCACGGUCAUUUCCCGCACAAUCAAAUUCAUUAAAGCCAAGCGCGAUUCCCAGCAGCAGAAACUCAAAAGGCGCGACAUCGCCAUCUGCCUCGCUGUGCUCUUCACUGUCGUCCUCCUCAUUUGGAAUUUCCUGCAGCAGUUCGGUUACACUGUUGUGUCCUCCCAGGUUUUUUUCCUGCUCACCUGCAUCAACAGCACCAUCAAACCUUUCAUCUACUUCUUGGUGGGGAGGUGUUGGAGGCCCUGCUCUGUGGGAUCCCUCAGGCUCUCGCUCCAGAGGGUUUUUGAUGAGCAGAAAGAUAACACUGCCUGCAGCGAUAAUUCCAGCACAGACACGGGGGAUCAGAGACUGUCAAUCCAUGACACUGAGCAGUGGAUUCUUGAGACUGAGCAGCAGAUCCGUGACAUUCAGCAGCGGUUCUGUGACACUGCGCAACGGACCAUUGACACUGUGGAGCCAACCAGUGACACUGCACAGCUGACUCGUGACACAGCACUGCUGACCCGUUACAAUUCACUGCUGAGGAACCCUGAGACAGUGGCUGAGGGUUUUCUGCUUGUCUGGAGCUGCUGGAGGCCCUGCUCCUUUGGGACCCUCAGGGAAUCCCUCAGGAGGGUCUUUGAGGAGCCAGAAGGAAACACUGCCCACAGCAAUGAUGGCACUAUGGACACGGUGCUCUGA